AUGUCCGAAAUCAUCGAGCUCUCAACAAUCACCCUCAAAGACGGCUUCUCCUCCCCUCCCCAGUCCCUCCUCGACGACCUCAAAACACUCGCCUCAACCCCCGGCGUCAUCGCCCUCUACUUCGGCCCUCACCUCGAAACCCCCUAUAAAUACACCUGGGUCGCCCGCUGGUCCUCCCAAACCGCCAUCGACAACUUCCACACCAGCCCCGGCUUCGCUGACUGGGCUGCCUCCUACGUCGCGCCGCUGGCCACCUAUGCGGUAUCUGCCUGCACCGCUUACACCGGCGAUGCUGCCGUCCCGCUUGAGGCUCCUUGCACUGAGUUCUUCUCUAGCUUUGGCGCCGACGAUGACUAUCUUGAUGCUCGACUCAAUCCCUUUGUGAAGGCUCUUGAUGACGCAAAGCUGCCCGGCAUGGUUGGCGGCAUCACUGGCGAGUUUGUGCCUCUAAACUAUGUCGGCGUUGAGCAGCCAGAACCAAAGGUGGUCCUUUUGCUACUGGGAUGGAACUCAAUGGCUGAUCACCAGGCUCAGAGGGGCGAGGGUAAAGUGAUUGACAACAACAUCCACCUCGUGAGAUCGGGUCGCAAAUCUGUUGGAAUGUUCCAUGUAAACCUUCAGAAGCUAUAA